AGUAGUGUUACCCAUGGUGGACGUGACGAUAGCGAAGACGAACCUUUCGUAGGUUCGACGUCUGUACUUGACGCAUCCGUGCAGUCUCGUCGAGAGAUGCUACGCCUCGUCCAGCAACACGAUCCGGAACUGAUCCGCAUGUGCCUCCGCGACAUUCCACUAUCCGCAGAGGAGUACAGGGAUUACCUCAGGCACGAACAAUUCAACUUAUGGAUAGCAAUUUUUUUUGUAGUGCGAGUCAGUCCCGAACAUAUAGCAUGAAUAUGAAAAUCACGAGCUGCCAAUUUGGCAAACUCAAGGUUCUCCACCAGGAGUCUCUUCAAGUAUAGCAGACUAGCCAUCGAUGAAUAGGUGGAUCAUCAUGCACAAUUCCAUGUCAGGACUACUACCUAGGUGACAUCACAGCGUACGACGAGCUUGCGCUCUGAGCUACUGGGAUCUCCCCAGUAAAAGUAUCUAUCACACCAGUUGUGUAGUACGAUCAGCGCUAAUGAACCGUGCAAACAAUUACCAAGCGCAACUUCUGCACGAGCGAGUUUUCCGGGACUUCUAUUGUCA